AUGGAGCCACUCGUCCGAGAGUUCGCAUAUCCCGUGGAAAGUUCGGCCACCGAGGUCAACAACAUUAAUAAAAAAGCCAUUCCGGGGACUGGAUCGAGUGAAACGCUUUUCGGUGGAGAUACCGAAGACCUCACCCAGCUACCCAAAAUGGACAUAGCCGACCUCGAGCAUAUCGACUUCGUACGGCAGUUCAAGUUGGUCCAUAGCUCGCCCACGAAUUUCGGGCUUUCACCCAUCAGUAUUGUCACCAUACCACCUUACAUGAAGGAUCUGUUGGAUGACCAUCAGCUCGCAACGAAUGGCGCACCCACGAACAAGGCUUUGGUGAAAUGCCGCGUUGAAAUCGUCAUCCUGAUAACGUUGGCACACAUCAAACACCACUCGCAUUCUCGCGCAAUGAAGUUGCUGGACGUCCAAUUCGACUGUGAGAUCCACCUUGCCUGGAAAAUCAACAGGAAGAAUUUCAAUCUAUCAGGCACCGUGGACUACUCGCUUUGGGACGGGAAACCCUCUGAAUGUGUGACGAAUACCGUUGUUGUGAAGACCGAGACGACGGCCUGCCUGCAGCGUGGGAUGUAUCAGUGUCUUACUUAUAUGGGGGUGCCUGAUACAUCAAUUUUUGGCAUCGCCACUGAUGGGUUCGAGUGGAUUGUUAUUCGCAUUCGUCCCGAUGGCCAUUAUGCCACUAAGAGUUAUCAGUGGGCAACUGAAUCGGUGGAGAUUGUAUCGAUGUUAUACAUGAUCUUCAACCAUGCUGUCGGAAUCAAAGUCUCAACGAGCCACAAGAAGUGGAAAAGGUUGAUGUCAUCGUCUUCGUCGGACAAGUCUGAUGAAAAGGCGCCCUGGCGCAAGCGCAAGUGA